AUGACGAAUCGAACGUUAAAGACCAAUGAGCUGUUUCAAGUUAGACUCGACCUGGUCAUACCCAAGUGGGCCGGCAGUAUCGAGAUAGGGGUCACGCAGUAUUCCUCCAAUGAUAUAAAGACACCGUUCAAAAUGAGUCACGCUAAAUCAGGCACUUGGGUCAUGGCCGGCGAAGACAUUAUUCGCAAUGGAAGCGUUAUAAUACCGAAAUAUAUAAGAAAUCUCAAUGGAUUAUGUGAGGGAGACACUGUGGGCGUGAUGCGAAAGGACAUGGGCAUCCUACAUUUCUUUGUGAAUGGCAUCGAUCAAGGUCCGGCCGCUUUUAAUAUACCAGGUCAAGUUUUUGGUGUUAUUGGUUUAUAUGGAAGAGUGGCGCAAGCGACGAUAGUAGACACCUAUUCACCGCCAACGACGUUUUCACCGGAAUCGCCAAACUCCUUCGAAUCAAAUACGACAGUUUAUCCGGAAAUGUGCUUCCACCGCGUACACGGGCGUAAUGCACGCUUGAGUCGUACGCGAUUGACUGCGUCACGUACGGCGGUUUACUCGGAGUUCAACGAUGCAGUGCUCUUCAGUUCGAGGCCUUUGCGAGAGUGCGACAUGUUCGAACUAAGGAUAGACUCUAUGGUUGAUUGCUGGAUUGGGAGCUUGGAGAUUGGUGUGACAGCAAUUCGUCCGGAUGACCUGGACGAUUGCGUCCUAGCGGGAACAGCGACGGACCUGAACUACGACACGUACAUUUUGAGCGGCUCAGCAAUGAUGAAGGAUGGAGAGUGUGUGAGAAGUGGAUAUUCCUUGGAUCUGGAUACAUUGACUGUUGGAAGUCGAGUUGGUGUUAUGUGGCACGCGGAUAGAAGCCUCCACUAUUACUUAGAUGGAAUGGAUAUGGGGAAGGCGUGGUUUGUUCCUCAUCUUAACAUCUACGCAGUUGUCGACCUUUAUGGGCAAUGCACUCAGGUGACAAUACUACAAAACGAAGAAAGAACAUUUAACUACAACGGCUGUCCACUCGCCGAUAAUCCGUUUUUCGGUCUACCGCGGUUAUUGGCCACACCUCCACCGCCAUAUUGGAGUUUUUCCGAGUACUACGGAGACAACGUCCGGUUAACUCACGAGUAUUCGGUCGCGAAGAGGUUGACUCCCGAUCCGAUGGGUGCACUAGUCUUCAGUUCCGAUCACUUGGCUGUUGGGGAAAUGUUUGAGAUAAAAAUCACGGAAUGCCAAGACAGUUUCGCUGGAGGAUUUCGUAUGGGAGUGACCGAUAUAAAUAUUUUGAACGCACAUGUCAAUAGAAGCCUGCCCCCAUCUAUUAUAUACUUGCCACAUUACACCGCUUAUGUUGAUGGGAGAUACAUGAAAUAUUCAAAGCCCGGGACCAGAGAGCAAGAUUGGUGCACUGUUUCACCGUCAUUCGAGUGGCUGAGACCUGGAGACCGUGUCGGUCUGAAGAAGACUACCGACGGACGUGUAUUGGUGUAUUACAACUGCGAGUGUAUUGAUACGGCAUUUGAACGGGUUCCUGAUAAAGUGUACGUGGUGAUGGAGCUAUAUGGAUGCGUUUACAAGAUUCAAGCAAUAAAACGGGACAAUGUUGUCGCCUUGCCGCAAACAAUACCAAACGACUCGUUGUACAUAAAACCUACUACGGAGGUGGAAGUGGACCUUAACAUGGAGAGUUGUACGAGUGAAACGGAAGGCACCUUGUCUACGGUGACCGUGAUGCCAUUGGAGAGACGGCGGCGGUCACCUUUACCAUACACCUUUCACUAUGUGCACGGAAAGAAUAUCAAGCUGUGUAGCUCUGAUACAGUAGCCGUGCGUACGUCGGGCUACAACGAUGCGAUCGCUAUCGUAAGCCAGCCCCUCAGAAGGGGCCACAGUUUUAGGUUCCGGAUCGACAAGGUGGAUGAAGACUGGGAAGGCAGUGUGGCGAUAGGGGCCGUGGCGACGCUGCCUACGGACAGUCUGCCGCCAGUUGCGACUCGGCUCGACCCGGCCGCCUGGGUUCUCACCAGCGACCACUUAUACGAUGGCGCUUGUUAUUUACGCGCUCCAAUGGCUAUUGAGCUCGAAGAUGUGAAUGAGCAGUCGGUUCUGACUCUCCACUUCAGGUUCAACAGUGAUCUGGUGGUGGAGUUAGAUGGAAGAGUUUUAGCCGUCGUCGGAUCUGUCUCGAGACUCAACAGCCAUGUAUACCCCUUGGUCGAUCUCUACGGAAAAGUUUGUCAGGUCUCGGUUUUGCUCCAUCCGUAUUCUAUCAUAAGUGGAACGUCCCUAGAUUUGCCGAUAAUCGCUGAAAACAGACGCGAAGAAUCUCUAGCGGAGCUCGAACAAGAGCUGGAGAAUACAAGUGAAAAUAGAUUGCAACGUAGAAACCGGGCAUUCAGUGAGAACAAUUUGAUUGACGAUUUCGAGAUAGCGGGUCCCAGCACGGAUGUCGGAAACACCUUAUUCGAUGACGUCAGAAUCGCGCAGAGCAAAGUGAUGCAUCAGAGUUUAAUACUGACCUCGGACAGGGGGCACAGGGUCGUGCAAAAGAGUCACUCCACUCACAAUUUCAGUACCGAGGAAUUAGACGGACGAGCGAGGGACGCCUGCGAUACAAACAUUCAGCAUAACGACCGCUACCCUGAAGCCGAUGUCGAUAAUCUGGAUAACGAAAUCAUGGACGCCCUCACCUUGGAGACGGGGAACCUUCCAGAUCUAACCGAGGAACAGUCUUCGUCGACGGAUGACUCCACUCGAAGGGAUGACGCUGAAACGUUUUCGGUGGAGAAUUUAAAUUAUUUGAACAGGAUUUUGGGCUUGGAUCAAGAGAGCGAAGGGAGUCUAGAGGCGGAAUGGGAAGCCUCGGGCGAAGGCUGUGAGCAUCUGCAUUUGGUGCUGAAGUAUUGGAACUUUUUGGUGCUGCCUUACCCGGAGUUGAGGAAAGCGGUUUCUUGGGGACAAGUCAAGUGCCACUGCAGCAAUUGUGUACCGGAUGCUGAGCCGUCGUUCGCCGGUUGGGUCCGCAUUGAGCGCAUCGACGGUAUCGGUGCGGCGACACGUGGCUUCUGGCACAUAGUCCGUUCGACACUCGGCGCAGCACAAGCAGUUGAGCGAGCGGUUGCUAAGCGACCGGCCAAGAUGUCUUCCGCCCUUCUAACUUCGCCUAGCGACGUGUGGAUGGACGAAGAAGGGAAGCCGCAUCAUACGGUUUUAGCCAUAGAAAUCGAUAUAGAGGGCAACGAAGCCGAUAAGGACAGGCUGCUAGCCUUUCUCAUUUACAUGAAGCCUCACAUUGUUUUCAUCGACGAUAAUCCACCGAGCCUCGACGAAUGA